UAAGUAGCUGUAGUCACAUCAGGAACUGCUUUUAAGUUACCGAGUCAGGAGAGUGACAAGAAAUCCAGCAGGGAACUCUGGAGCCUUCAACCCUGUGGGAGUGGCUUUUCUCUAUUGGGCCCGCCCAGUUCAGCAGGCAGGAGAGUCCCAGCAUUUAAGCAGCUGGCACAGGGCUCAGGAGCUGGCCUGGAAGAGCUGAGCAGAGACGCAGCCAGGACUUCAUUAGAAAGCAAGAGACUACCAUUAUGCCAGGGAAGGUCAAGCUUCACUACUUUGAUGGACGGGGCAGAAUGGAGGCCAUCCGGUGGCUCUUGGCUGCAGCUGGAGUAGAGUUCGAAGAGAUAUUUUUAGAAUCAGCAGAAGAUCUGGAUAAGUUAAGAAAUGACGGGCAUCUGCCAUUCCAGCAAGUGCCACUGGUAGAGAUUGAUGGGAUGGAGCUGGUGCAGACGAGAGCCAUCCUGAACUACAUCGCCAGCAAGCACAACCUCUACGGGAAGGACUUAAAGGAGAGAGCCCUGAUCGAUAUGUAUGUGGAAGGUAUGAUGGAUUUGAAUGAAAUCAUCAUGAUGCUGCUCAUACAUCCACCUGAGGAGCAAGUCAACCAGCUUGCCUUGCUCAAAGAGAAAACAACCAAUCGCUAUUUCCCUGCCUUUGAAAAAGUGUUAAAGAGCCACGGACAAGACUACCUUGUUGGCAACAGGCUGAGCCGGGCUGACGUUCACCUGGUUGAACUUAUCUACAACGUGGAAGAGGUGGACCCUGGCCUUACCGCCAACUUCCCUCUGCUGAAGGCCCUGCAAACCAGAAUCAGCAACCUCCCCACGGUGAAAAAGUUUCUGCAGCCUGGCAGCCAGAGGAAGCCUCGUGACGAUAUGAAAAUAUUGGACAAAGCAAGGAAGAUUUUUAGCUGUUACGGCUGUGGACUCUUCAACGUUCCAGGAGAGGAACACAACAGAGAACACAACAGACCUACUCUCUGUUCGCAGGUGACCCUGCUGUCCCUUACCUGCAGGUGCACAGGGACAUUGUCACUGUGUUCUUCAACCCUGUGUGGGGCCCCGGACAUGAGCUUUGCUCUCAGUUCCCUCAGUGCCACUCAGGCCUGGGCUUGAAAGUUACACACUAUACAUGGAAAUUAUUAAUACAUACAAAUAA